AAAACUUGUUUUAGCAACUCAAGUUAUCUUCGCCUUUAUGUAUAUUGGAAUUAGGGUGUAUUUGCAACAUUUAUCAAGCAAUAUCUGUAGAGAUAAUUAUAUGUAAAUACAUUUUUAUUUUUACAAAGAUAAAGUAUCAUUCGCGGCCAGUUGUAAUCAUUUCAUUUUACUUUUAGUUGCUUGUAGACGUUAAUAAGCAUUCAAAAUGAUCUUAUUGAAAGGAAGUAGCUUAAUUAGCAUCAAAAUGCACCCAGUUCUGAACAAGCAAUUCCUCAAAGUGAUGGCGGCGGCAUAUUCUUCAAAAGUUUCCCUCAACGAUGUGGUGAUAGCCUCUGCUGUCAGGACUCCAAUUGGAUCCUUCAGGGGAAGCCUGGCAACGAUGUCAGCUUCGGAGCUUGGCGCCGUGGCUGUAAAGGCAGCCGUCGAAAGAGCCGGCAUUCCUAAGGAAGAAAUUAAAGAGGUAUACAUAGGCAAUGUUUGCUCCGCAAGUAUGGGUCAAGCUCCAGCAAGACAAGCAGUCAUUUUUGCUGGACUUCCCAAGAGUACAGUCUGUACAACUGUAAACAAGGUGUGUGCAUCAGGCAUGAAGUCUGUCAUGCUCGCUGCACAAGGACUACAGACCGGCGACCAAGAUGUAAUUCUAGCUGGCGGUAUGGAAUCUAUGUCAAACGUCCCCUUCUAUCUAAAACGUGGUGAAACCACAUAUGGAGGCAUGCAGCUGGUCGAUGGAAUAGUAUUUGAUGGCCUCACAGAUGUCUACAACAAAUUCCAUAUGGGUAAUUGUGCCGAAAAUACAGCCAAAAAAUUUGAAAUAUCAAGACAACAACAAGAUGAUUAUGCCAUUUCUAGUUAUAAGAGGAGUGCUGCUGCAUAUGAAAUCAAAGCUUUUGCUGAUGAACUUGUACCAGUUCCAGUGCCUCAGAAAAGAGGAGCCCCACCAAUUAUCUUUGCUGAAGAUGAAGAGUACAAAAGGGUGAAUUUUGAAAAGUUUAACAAGUUGGCCACAGUUUUCCAAAGGGAAAAUGGUACAGUAACGGCUGGUAAUGCCUCUACUUUAAAUGAUGGGGCUGCAGCUCUUGUCCUGAUGACAGCCCAAGCAGCAGAAAGACUGAAUGUGAAGCCUAUUGCCAGGGUUGUAGGAUUUGCUGAUGGAGAAUGUGACCCCAUUGAUUUCCCUAUCGCCCCGACUGUUGCCAUUCCAAAACUUUUGCAAAAGACUGGAGUUAAGAAAGACGAUGUAGCCCUUUGGGAAAUUAAUGAAGCCUUCAGUGUUGUGGCUGUUGCAAAUCAAAAGAUACUGGAAUUAGAUCCCUCCAAAGUAAAUGUUCAUGGAGGAGCUGUGAGCAUUGGCCACCCUAUUGGCAUGUCAGGUGCCCGUCUUGUGGUACACUUAUGCCAUGCUCUGAAGAAGGGAGAGAAGGGAGUGGCCUCUAUUUGUAAUGGUGGAGGUGGUGCAUCAUCCAUUAUGAUUGAAAAAUUACCUCAAGCCUUAGAUGGGCCACCUGUAUUGACAUUUUAUACAAAAAAUCCAUGUCCACUGUGUGACAUAGUUAUGGAAGAACUAGAACCAUUCAAAAGCAGAAUUACUAUUGAAAAAGUAGACAUAACAGAGAAAGAAAAUCUAAGGUGGUUGCGUCUGUAUAGGCAUGACAUCCCUGUACUUUUCCUCAAUGGAAGAUUCUUGUGUAUGCACAGAUUGAACAAGGAGCUGCUUGAGAGAAGAUUAAAAUUAAUUGAAGAAGAAAAUUAAAAUAUUAGUCAGAUGGCAAUGGCGAUAUUCUUUAGAGCGUAUGAAUUUAGGCAUUUUAAGUAUAUGAUAUUAGCUACCAGUACUAUCAACGUACUAUGUA